GUAAAUGCACCGUUUUUUUUGUUUUUUGUUUUUAGAGGCAGAGGAAUAAUCAUAUUAUUUCAGUUUUCAGUAGUUAUAUUCAUUUUAAGACUAAAUCUACACCUCAGUCGUAUCACGAAGUCUCUACUGUGACCCUGAAGGGGGAGACAUGGCCAGCAACUUUUUGGAGUCCGGGCAUGGGCUAUGUGGCCAUGAAUCAGAGUUUGGCUGCUCAAAGGAGGAACUGUGCUUGCUCAUGGAGCUUCGAGGGGAGGAGGCAGUUGCAAAGAUCUGUGAAUGUUAUGGAGACGUUAACGGACUGUGUGCCAGGCUGAAGACGUCACCUAACAGAGGUUUGGAUGGAAAGCCAGAAGACUUACAAAGGAGGAUGGAGAAGUUUGGAGCAAAUGUUAUCCCCCCUAAGAAGCCAAAAAACUUUUUGGAGUUAGUGUGGGCAGCCCUGCAGGACAUCACUCUCAUUAUCCUGGUUGUAGCAGCCAUCAUUUCUCUUGGCCUUUCUUUUUACCAUCCACCCAGUGCUGAAAGACACAACUGCAGCAGUGCAGCUACAGUUGUGGAGAAUGAAGGUGAAGCAGAAGCUGAAUGGAUCGAAGGCGCUGCCAUUCUCCUGUCUGUAGUGGUUGUGGCACUAGUGACGGCCUUCAAUGAGUGGAGUAAGGAAAAACAGUUCCGUGGCCUCCAGAAGCGCAUUGAACAGGAGCAGAAGUUCACAGUGAUCCGGGGGGGGGAGAUGAUCCAGAUCAAAGUGUCCGAGAUCGUGGUUGGUGAUAUUGCACAAGUCAAAUAUGGUGACCUCCUCCCUGCUGACGGUGUCCUGAUUCAGGGCAAUGAUCUUAAGGUCGAUGAGAGUUCCAUAACUGGAGAGUCGGAUCAUGUCAAGAAGAAACUUGACAAAGACGUCAUGUUGCUGUCAGGUACCCAUGUAAUGGAAGGCUCAGGCAAGAUGGUGGUCACUGCUGUAGGUGUGAACUCUCAGAGUGGAAUCAUCUUCACACUGGUUGGUGCAGGUGAAGAAGAUGGCAAUGUGGACCAGAACAACUGGGGGAAAGAAGACUCAAGGUUCCCAGAAGCAGAAAACAAGGACGGCCCCGCUGUGGAGAUGCAACCACUCGAAACUGAGACUGAACCAGAGAAGAAAAAACCCGUACAGAGAAAAGAGAAAUCUAUCCUGCAAGGGAAGCUCGCCAGGCUGGCUGUGCAGAUCGGCCAAGCAGGUCUGAUCAUGUCGGCUCUCACCGUCUUCAUCCUCAUCAUUCGCUUCCUGAUUGAUACCUUCUGGAUCCAGGGUGUUGUCUGGUCCUAUGCUUGUGUGCCCAUCUACGUGCAGUUCCUGGUCAACUUCUUCAUCAUCGGUGUGACGAUGCUCGUAGUGGCUGUACCUGAAGGUCUCCCUCUGGCAGUCACCAUCUCCCUAGCGUAUUCAGUUAAGAAAAUGAUGAAGGACAACAACUUGGUCCGCCAUCUGGACGCCUGUGAGACGAUGGGCAGCGCCACCACCAUCUGCUCCGAUAAGACGGGCACACUAACUAUGAACCGCAUGACAGUGGUGCAAGCCUUCAUUGCAAACAGACACUACAAAGCGGUGCCAGAGCCAGACCGUAUCCCUGCCAACAUCCUGGACCUGCUGGUCCGGGGCAUCGGGGUCAACUGUGCCUACACCUCUAAGAUUAUGCCUCCUGAGAGGGUUGGUGGGCUUCCUCGCCAGGUGGGAAACAAGACUGAAUGCGCCUUAUUGGGAUUCACCCUUGACCUGCUUCAAGAUUACCAGGCCAUUCGCAAUGAAUUCCCAGAGGAGCAACUAUUUAAAGUCUACACAUUUAACUCCAUGAGAAAAUCCAUGAGCACCGUGCUAAAGAAUCCUGACGGCAGCUACCGAAUGUUCACCAAGGGUGCCUCUGAGAUCCUGCUAGAGAAGUGCAGUAAGAUCCUGGUAAACAGUGGUAGGGCGAGAGGCUUCAAAGAUGAGAACAGACUUAAAGUGUUGAAGGUUGUGGUUGAGCAAAUGGCAUCAAAAGGACUGAGGACCAUCUGCCUCGCCUACAAAGACUUCCCUGUGUCUGAUGGAGAGCCUGACUGGGAGAAUGAGGCCCUCAUCCUAACUGGUCUGACAUGCAUUGCUGUGGUUGGCAUCGAGGACCCAGUUCGACCUGAGGUACCAGAAGCUAUCAAAAAGUGCCAGCAGGCUGGAAUUACUGUUCGCAUGGUGACCGGAGACAACAUCAGUACUGCCCGGGCAGUCGCCAGUAAAUGUGGCAUCCUGGAUACUGAAGACAACUUCUUGUGUUUGGAAGGCAAAGAGUUCAACCAACUGAUCUGCAACCCACUUGGACAGAUUGAACAGGAGCGUCUUGAUAAAAUUUGGCCCAAGCUGAGAGUCCUUGCCAGAUCGUCUCCAACAGACAAAUACACUUUGGUCAAAGGAAUCAUUGACAGCACAGUUUUUGAGCGGAGGCAGGUUGUCGCGGUAACAGGCGACGGUACAAACGAUGGUCCUGCCCUCAAAAAAGCAGAUGUUGGCUUUGCUAUGGUAACUGCAGUAGAUGGCAUCGCAGGCACAGAUGUAGCCAAAGAGGCAUCUGACAUCAUCCUAACAGAUGACAAUUUCAGCAGCAUAGUCAAGGCUGUUAUGUGGGGCAGAAACGUCUACGAUAGCAUCUCUAAAUUUUUGCAGUUCCAGCUCACCGUCAACGUGGUCGCUGUCAUUGUGGCCUUCACCGGAGCCUGCAUCACCCAGGAUGCGCCUCUAAAAGCUGUCCAGAUGUUAUGGGUCAACCUCAUUAUGGAUACCUUUGCUUCGCUGGCUCUCGCCACAGAACCACCGACUGAGGCGCUGCUGCUCAGGAAGCCAUACGGCCGCACACGGCCGCUCAUCUCCCGCACUAUGAUGAGAAACAUUCUGGGACAGGCCAUCUACCAGCUCACUGUUACCUUCACCCUACUCUUUGCUGGUGACAAGCUAUUUAACAUUGAGAGUGGCAGGAACGCCCCCAUUGAGGCUCCCCCGUCUGAACACUACACAAUGGUGUUCAAUACAUUUGUUCUCAUGCAGAUCUUUAACGAAUUCAAUGCCCGCAAGAUCAACGGAGAGAGAAACGUUUUUGAGGGUGUCUUCAGGAACCCCAUCUUCUGCUCAAUCAUCUUAGGAACCUACGUCGCACAGAUUCUAAUUGUACAUUUUGGAGGAAGACCAUUUAGCUGUGUGGCACUAAAUGUCUACCAGUGGCUGUGGUGCACCCUCUUGGGCUUCGGGACCCUCCUGUGGGCACAGGUGGUUUCAACUGUCCCCACGAAAUGGCUGAAGUUUGCUUACAAGGGUGACGACAGUGACAGUGUGCUCGACCCCGGAGACCUCGAUCCAAAGACAGAUACAUGUGAUGAAGGCCUUCGGCGACAGCCUGUCAGUCUAUGAAGGUAGGAAGACAUUCAAAACUCAGAGCUCCAUCCAAAACUUGAUGGACUGUCCCAAAAACUUGAUAUACCAGAUCCCUGUCAGCGAUGAAAACCGGCGCAGGAGCAGCCCCUCCACAAAAUGAAAUUCGUUGGGUGUGCAUGCAGGCAAUAAGGUGGCCAUACAUACUACUGAGCCAUACAAAAAUGGAUCAGCCUAAGAAAAUCCAGUUUUGAAUUUGUUGAUGAACAGUGUUGCGCCAUUUUGCUCUGAACACGUUACAUGCAUGUCAAUAAAGAUUUUCAUUUUGUUCAUCCAGAUCUGAAGUGUGAUUAAAGUGCUCUCU